GGAUCUCGUCUCGCUGAGGCGGAGGAGGAGAAGGAGGAGGAGGAGGACGUUCGGCCUGCGCAGUGAGAUGUUUGUCCGUCGCCGCCGCCGCCGCCAUCGCGGAGGAGCGCGAUAAAGGGAGCCGAGCCCGGCGUGAGGGGCACCCCGCGGAGCCGCCGCGCCAGUGCAGACCCCCAGCCAAGCCCGAGCCGCCGGAGCCCGAGCCGCCGCCGCCGCCCCCGCCGCGGCCGCCCAGGGGCCGGCCAGCUCCCCAGCCCAGCCCGGGGGCAGCGCCGCCGCCGCCGCCCCCAGCGUCGCCCCUUGCCUGCCCGCCCGCCUUAAAUGUGACACCGGCGCCUCGGAGUGCGACCCGAAGCCGCCGCCGGGGAGGGGACGAGCACCAUGUCGAAUCUGAGCAAAGGCACGGGCAGCCGGAAGGACACCAAGAUGCGGAUCCGGGCCUUUCCGAUGACCAUGGAUGAAAAAUAUGUAAACAGCAUUUGGGACCUUCUGAAAAAUGCAAUUCAAGAAAUCCAGCGUAAGAAUAACAGUGGUCUUAGUUUUGAGGAGCUCUAUAGAAAUGCAUAUACAAUGGUUUUGCAUAAACAUGGAGAAAAGCUCUACACUGGACUAAGAGAAGUUGUUACCGAACAUCUCAUAAAUAAGGUGCGAGAAGAUGUACUAAAUUCAUUGAAUAACAACUUUCUUCAAACGCUAAAUCAAGCUUGGAAUGAUCAUCAAACAGCUAUGGUGAUGAUUAGAGACAUAUUAAUGUAUAUGGACCGUGUAUAUGUACAACAAAAUAAUGUGGAGAAUGUCUACAAUUUGGGAUUAAUUAUUUUUCGAGAUCAAGUUGUGCGUUAUGGGUGUAUUAGGGAUCACCUCCGACAAACGCUAUUGGAUAUGAUUGCAAGAGAGCGGAAGGGAGAAGUUGUAGACCGAGGCGCAAUAAGAAACGCUUGCCAGAUGUUAAUGAUUUUAGGUCUUGAAGGACGGUCAGUCUAUGAAGAAGAUUUUGAGGCUCCUUUUUUGGAAAUGUCUGCAGAGUUUUUUCAGAUGGAAAGCCAGAAAUUUUUAGCAGAAAACAGUGCUUCAGUAUAUAUAAAGAAAGUAGAAGCUAGAAUUAACGAAGAAAUAGAACGGGUGAUGCACUGCCUUGACAAAUCAACUGAGGAGCCAAUUGUAAAGGUGGUUGAGAGGGAACUCAUCUCCAAGCACAUGAAAACUAUAGUAGAAAUGGAGAACUCUGGGCUAGUACAUAUGUUGAAAAAUGGAAAGACGGAAGAUCUUGCUUGCAUGUACAAGUUAUUUAGUCGUGUGCCAAAUGGUUUGAAAACGAUGUGUGAGUGUAUGAGCUCCUAUUUGAGGGAACAAGGUAAAGCCCUUGUUUCUGAGGAAGGAGAAGGAAAGAAUCCCGUUGACUAUAUCCAGGGCUUAUUGGAUCUGAAGAGUAGGUUUGAUCGCUUCCUCCAGGAAUCAUUUAAUAACGACCGGCUCUUUAAACAAACUAUUGCGGGUGACUUUGAGUAUUUUCUCAACCUCAACUCCAGGUCCCCUGAAUACCUCUCAUUAUUUAUUGAUGAUAAGCUGAAGAAGGGAGUCAAAGGGCUAACAGAACAAGAAGUAGAAACAAUAUUGGAUAAGGCAAUGGUCCUUUUUAGGUUUAUGCAAGAAAAAGAUGUAUUUGAACGUUAUUAUAAACAACACUUGGCAAGGAGACUUCUCACAAAUAAAAGUGUUUCUGAUGACUCCGAAAAAAAUAUGAUUUCUAAGUUAAAGACUGAAUGUGGAUGUCAGUUCACAUCAAAACUGGAAGGAAUGUUUAGGGAUAUGAGCAUCUCAAACACAACAAUGGAUGAGUUCAGGCAACAUUUACAGGCAACUGGGGUGUCUUUAGGUGGUGUUGAUCUCACAGUCCGGGUGCUCACGACAGGAUAUUGGCCUACUCAGUCAGCCACACCAAAGUGCAACAUCCCACCAGCACCAAGACAUGCUUUUGAGAUAUUCAGAAGGUUUUACUUAGCUAAACACAGUGGUCGACAGCUUACACUCCAGCAUCAUAUGGGCUCUGCAGAUCUCAAUGCCACCUUUUAUGGACCAGUUAAAAAGGAAGAUGGAUCUGAAGUUGGUGUUGGAGGCGCACAAGUGACUGGCUCUAACACACGGAAGCAUAUAUUGCAAGUCUCCACUUUCCAGAUGACCAUAUUAAUGCUCUUUAAUAAUAGAGAAAAAUACACAUUUGAGGAAAUUCAGCAAGAGACAGAUAUCCCUGAAAGAGAACUUGUUCGAGCCCUGCAGUCCCUCGCCUGUGGCAAACCAACACAGCGGGUUCUCACGAAGGAGCCCAAGUCAAAGGAGAUAGAAAACGGUCACAUAUUCACAGUCAACGAUCAGUUCACAUCCAAACUGCACAGAGUCAAGAUUCAAACAGUUGCUGCCAAACAAGGUGAAUCCGACCCAGAAAGGAAAGAAACAAGGCAGAAAGUAGAUGACGACAGAAAACAUGAGAUAGAAGCUGCUAUAGUGCGGAUAAUGAAGUCUAGAAAGAAGAUGCAGCACAAUGUGUUAGUAGCAGAGGUAACUCAGCAGUUGAAGGCUCGAUUCUUACCAAGUCCAGUUGUUAUUAAGAAACGUAUUGAAGGACUUAUUGAGAGAGAAUAUUUGGCACGAACACCUGAGGAUCGCAAAGUAUACACAUAUGUAGCAUAAAAUGCGUUCAGAAAUUUGAUUUAUUAUUGAACUGUACUCUUCGCAUGGACUGGGAAGUUCUUUUAAAUCAUUAAAUAUUAAGACGACCAUCUCUUCUAUUAAAUUACAGUACAUGUUCUAGACCAUUCAGAUCAAGCCUUUACUCCCUUUGAGAGUUUUCAACAUCAGUUGAUUGAGCUUCAGGCUUUACAACGUUUAUCCCUGUAGAGAUCAUCUUUACAGUUCCUCGGGAAAAUGUGAAUGUGCCGCGUUUUGUUUUCAAUACUGUAUGAAAACAGUUAAAAAUAAAACAAAAAUUUAGAAACUACAGCUUAUUAAAAUAAAAUUGUUGGAUUUCA